ACCGUUCUGCACACAGGUUUUGUGAGAACAAGUGACAUAAUAUUUUCUCAUCCCAUUCUGACAGAAUCCAAAAAGAGCGGCAAGGCCGAGGAGAAGUCCGAGCGGAAGGCGGAGGUGCUCUUCGAGGACGUGCUGGAGCGGUGCUGCGGCACCGGCCGCUGGCAAACGCUGCUCAUCGGGUACAUGUCCGUCAUGUGGCUGCUCUUCCCCGCCUUUUCCAUGUCCAUGAUGUUCGUCGGCGCCACGCCCAAGUUUAGAUGCGCCGACGGCUUCGCCGCCAACGCCACUUUCGCCUCGCUGCCGUCCGAUACACCGCGCUGCUACGCGGCCAACUCGACGGCCGCCUGUCAGCGCUGGGCGUUCGACCCGUCCGUGUACGUGUCGACGGUGGUGACCGAGUGGACGCUGGUGUGCGGCCGCAAGCCGCUGCUCUCACUACUGCAGUCGUGGCUGAUGAUCGGCGCCUUGUUCGGCUCGGUGGUGAGCGGCCAGCUGGCCGAUCGCUUCGGCCGGCGGCCCGUCUUCCUGCCGGCCAUGCUGCUGUUGAUCGCCUGCGCGUUCACCGUCGCGCUCGUCACCGACUACGCCAGCUUCGCGGCCGUGCGCUUCCUGACGGGCGUCGCCAUGUCGGCGAUGAUCAGCAGCCAGUACGUGCUGGUUCUGGAGCUGUGCAGCAGCGAGCGACGCGCCACGAUCGGUAUCGUCUCAGUCAUGCCAUUCGCUUUCGGCACAUGCCUCGUCGCGCUCGGCUCGUACCUGAUCCGCACGAGAUGGCUACUCCAGCUGGCGUACGCCGUGCCGUGUCUUAUCUUCCUGUUCAACUUCUGGCUGAUGCCCGAGUCGCCCCGCUGGCUGGUGCUGCAGGGCCGGUUCCCGGAGCUGGUCCGGACGCCGCACAUGCGCCGCCGAACACUCAUCGCCGUCUUUCUCGGCUUCAUCAUCGCCGGCUCCUACUUCGGUAUCUCGUUCGACACGACGCAACUGGCGGCGAGCCCGCAUCUGGCGGCGGUGUUUUCCGGUCUCGCAGACGUUCCCUCCAGCUUAGUGUUUCCCCUUCUGGACCGGCUGGGACGGCGACCCUCGCUGAUCCUCCUCCUCUGGCUGCAGGCCGCCGCCAUGUUGCUCACCUUCGUGCAGAAGGACACCACGCUCUGGCUGGUACUCGGCGUGGUCGCCAAGAUCGGCGCCUCCUCCGCAUAUAACACGAUAAUGGUGUUCAUGGCGGAACUGAUGCCCACCGAAGUCCGCUCGCUGGCGUGCGGACUGCGCCAGCUGGCGGCGCGAGUGGGCGCCGCUCUCUCGCCGUUCGUGGUGGACUUGCUGCUGGGCGGCCUCGCCGGCCUGCUCCUGCCUGAGACCAACGGCCGCACGAUGCCGGAGACGGUGGCCGAUGUAGAUGGGCAGCCGGUGUCCGCCGCACCGACCGGCGAACGCACCCGCACCAAUGGGACGUGCCAGGGCGCUGACGAACCGUGA